GAGGCCAAGUACACCAGGAAGAUGCAGGCGCUGCGGGACGAGCUGGACCUGCGGAGGAAGACGGAGAUCCACGAGGUGGAGGAGAGGAAGAACAGCCAGAUCACCGAGCUGAUGCGGAACCACGAGGCAGCUUUCAGCGACAUCAAGAGCUACUACAAGGGUAUCACUGCCCAAAACCUGACAUGCAUCAGCUUCCUGAAGAAGCAGGUGGAGGACAUGAAGAAGGAGAGUGUCUUGAGUAAGAAGGCAGAUGUGCUGCUCCAGAAGAAGCAGCUGGAGGAGCCGCUGCAGAAGGCCCAGGAGCAAGUGGCUGAGCUGCAGAAGAAAUUGUCUCAAUAUGACAAGGACAAGGAGGCCCUGAAGAACACAAAAGCCUGUCUGAAAGUCAUCCAGAAGGAGCUGAAGGACCUUCAGUGGGAACAUGAGGUGCUGGAGCAGAGGUUCAGUAAGGUACAGGCGGAACGAGAUGAGCUCUAUCAGAAGUUCACCAAAGCCAUUAUGGAGGUGCAGCAGAAGACAGGCUUCAAGAACCUGCUCCUGGAGCGCAAGCUGCAGGGACUCCACAGCCGCCUGACACAGAAGCAAGUGGAGCUCAGCGAGGUCCUCAGUGCUUCCAAUCUUGACUUCAACGCCCUCUCCUUGGGCUCACAGAAGUUGGAGGAUAUGCUCCAUUCCAAGAACCAGGACCUGCAGCUCCAGCUGGCCCAAGUCUGCAAGGCAUACAACGACAUGCUGCAGACCUUUGAGGCGAAGCUGACAGCCUUUGGCAUCCCCCUGGACAGCCUGGGCUUCCAGCCGCUGGCCAUCCCGCUGCCAGGGCAGGCAAGCCCCAAGACAGACCCCAAGACAGGCCCCACCCGAGCACCACCAGACAGCACCGAGGGUCCCCCUGGCACACUGGGAGUGGGGCUGUGCCCUCUUCCUGCUGCCUGCCAUUAA